AUGGCAGAAAGUUCCAACGCCAACGGUAGCGGCGUCUACGUUGAAGAAGAAGAAGAAAAUGAAGUGAAGUUGAAGCAGAAAAAGAGAACAGAGAAUGUUUCCUUGGCGGAAGUCCUUAAUCGCAUCGCCUCCUCCAUUCUCUUCCCGGAACCCGGCGACGAUGGAUCUGUAAUUCGCCGGAUCAAGGUCUCGGUCGCCAACAACGCUCCGCUCCUCCCGGAAGCUUCCAGAAACUUCGCCCGCGACGUUCUUCUCUGGUCUCGCCGCGGCACUCCCUUCCGCGCUCUCUUCGUCAUAUCCGUUGGGACAGUUGCUUUUGUUGCUUUGACAGGAAUGCUUGUAUUUAUGCUUUUCUUUCUGGCUGCGACCAUAAAUGCCAUUGUCAUAUUGCUGCUGAUGUCUUUGGCAGCAGUGGGAGGAUUCUUAGCUCUUUUCUUUGCUUUUGUUACGGCGAUAUACAUCGGUGCAUUAUCAAUUGCCAUAUUUGCUAUUUCAGUUACCACAUUUUGGGCUAUUGUGGCUAUUCUGAUAAUCACAGGUUGGAUUGGAUUCAUUUAUACCUUGUGGCUGGUAACUAGAAAGAGCUUUGGAUUUGCUAAGCACUCGUUGGGCGUGACUGGCUCUGCAAUUUCAUCUUACACUACUGCACGUCAUCCCCGCUACCUAUUACACACAAAUUCAAAGCAGUAG